ACACAUGAAUAGAGGGAAAUAGAUCAAGAAACUUGUUUGAUUUGUUUCAUAUAUACUAAUUAACGUAAGUCUAUCUUCAAAGUUGUGAGUGAUUACUUGUUGCCAACGAACAAGGAAUUCAUCAAGAUUCAAGAUCUUACCAAGAUGACGACCACGGAAAUGCGUGUGCACAUGUGUUGCGCCGGAUGUGAGAGCAAGAUCAAGAAAGCCCUCCACAAGGUCAAAGGAGUGGACGAAGUAGACAUAGACAUGGGCCUGCAGAAGGUGACGGCAACCGGGUGGGCCGAUCAAAAGAAAGUCCUAAAAAGCGUCAGGAAAACCGGAAGAAGAGCCGAGCUGUGGCAAUUUCCGUACAAUCCAGAGAUGCGAAACCACAAUGUUACCGGUCACCACGACCACAACCAACAAAACUACGGCGGCCCGACGCCGGGCUCCUCCUACAACUACUACAAGCACGGCUACGACCACCAUGCCUAUACCUAUGCUGGAAGCUCCACUAUAUUUGGAACUCGAACGGGGGAUACCUUUAGUGACGAGAACCCACGUGCAUGUUCUAUAAUGUAAUCACAACACACAGUUUGAUUUUCAUGUAACAUUUUUAAUUCUAUGUUGUGUUGUUGGUUAUAGAAUUAAGUAUCUAUAUCAUGUAGCGUGAAUCAUAGUGACGUCAAAUUUUGAAAUUAAAUUUAAUUUUGAUAACA